AUGAGCCAGCUGCCUGCAGCAGCAGCAGCAGCAGCAGCAACAGCAGCAGCAGCAACAGCAGCAGCAGAUCCGGUGAGAUGCAAAUUCACAAACAGCGGCAGCAGCAACAGCAGAGGCGAAAGCAGCAGCAGCGUCAGCAGCAGCAGCAGCAGCAGCAAAAGCAGCAGCGGAACCGGCAGAAGCAGCAACACAAUUAGCAGCAGCAGCAGCAGCAGCAAGAAAAUAAGGAGCAGCAUCAGAAACAGCUGCAGCAGCACAAGUAGCAACAGAAGCAGCACCGCCACAGAAACAGAACAAGCAGCAGCAACUUCGGUGAGAUGCAAAUUCACAAACGGCGGCAGCAGCAACAGCACCGGCGAAAGCAGCAGCAGCAUCAGCAGCAGCAGCAGCAGCAGCAAAAGCAGCAACGCAACCAGCAGAAGCAGCAACACAAUUAGCAGCAGCAGCAGCAGCAGCAGCAGGGAAAUAAGGAGCAGCAUCAGCAACAGCUGCAGCAGCACAAGUAGCAACAGAAGCAGCACCGCCACAGAAACAGAACAAGCAGCAGCAACCCAGCAGCAACAGAAACAGAUACAGCAGCAGCAGCAGCAGCAGCAGCAGCAGCAGCAGCAGCAGCAGCAGCAGCAGCAGUAG